GAGGAGGCCGAGGACCAGCAGAAACUCCGCCCGAGCAGCAGCACCAGCACCAGCAGCAGCACCACCACCGGGUCUUCCUGCCGCGCUCGAGCGGACACUGAUCCGUGUCUGGGCAGCUGCGGCGGCGGCGGCGGCGGCAGUGGCGGCGGAGGCGGGGGCGGCGGCAGCGACGACGGGCUCGACUGUGAGAACAAGUGCCCGAGCCUCGUGGGAACCUGCGAGUCCGGCCUCGGAUCCGAGGAUGCCAGCAGCUGCUGCGACUCGUCCACUCUAACUUCCUCCCCAGCAUCGUCCGUCGCGGGCUGCGCCGUCAACAAGCGUACCGUCGCUGCUCUCGCGUCCAAGUUCAACUCCCUCAUUCAGCAGCAGCAGGCCUGCAAGACCACCACUUCCACGUGCAGUCCCAUCAGUGGUGCGCAGGAGUCGGUGGAGCUGCGACUGCUGCGAUCCCGCGCCGGAGUCGCUCAAAAGAUCCAGUCCCUGCGCGGGUCCCCGGGCUCAAACAACGCCCUUGCAUCCCUGCAACCCUCGCGAUCCCGGUCCAUCUCGGACCUUCUCGACGCGUCGCCCCGAGACGACGUUGACGACGACGACGCGUGUCCAGUUGGUGGCAGCAUGGGCUUGUUUAUGUCCAAGCGGCAGUCCCUGUCGAACCCCGACCUGCUCGAUGAUGCUGGUGCCGUCGCUUCGGCCGCCGCCAUCGCAGCCGCCGCCGCCGCCUCCCAUUCCGCGACCGUGCCGCCGAUAAUCAUGACCAACCACUGUGACCUCAAGUCCUCGACUUCCCCCAACAGGUUCUGGGACUCCAAGAUCUACGGGAAUGUGCGCGGGAUUGUGCGAAGUGCCAUGAAGACGUUCGAACGUGGUGAUACCAGUGGCGGUGGUGGUGCGAGUGACGCGAGUGUGUACGCGAGUGACGUGAGUUUGCCGGCUAGUGACGAUGUCGGAGAGACGUACGAGUGCCCGAAGCAGUUUGUCGACGUUGUCGACGAGUCGGUGUCGCCGAUGCGAAGAGACGUCGUCGUCGUCGACAGCGAGUACCAGGUGCCGAGAGGAGUGAGGGCAGAAAGAGUCGUGAUGACUGACGAGAAUGCUGGCAAACAAAGGACGACGACGACGACGAAAGAGUGUGUCUCAGAGCCAGCAACAAAGCCUAACUCGUCCUUCCUCUGGAAUUCCCUGCAAAAGAACUGCUACGAAAUCCCCGUCAGUCGCCGGUUCUCCCUGGCGGGCAAAGUGCGCAACGCGAAAAGCACCGAAAGCACCGUCAGAAACGCCCCACCCGUGGUUCCAAAGGCCAGCUCCACCACCAACACCACCGCCACCACCAGUCGCCAGUCCAUAGUGUCGAAAAUCGGCCAACAGUCCUCGUCCCUGUGGCGCAAUCUCAACUCCAACAAAUUCUCUCGGUCCAAGAAGCCCGACACGAGUUUCUACUCGUGCACAGAUGUCAGCACCAUCAUGGAACGCGAGCUCGGCCAUCACGUGCAAACCCUGUCCAACAACGACGACAAGUACUACCAGAAGAUCGACACCGAGAGCAAAAAGUACUUGGAGCUCAUCAGCUCGGCCAGCAGCAGUUCGUCGGCCAAGUACGAGGCCAUCCUGGGCACGAGCUACGAGGACACCGGCGAGUACGACAACCUCGUCGGGCUGUCGGAGCAGUACCUGAAACUCAGCGGCCCGGGUUCCGAGCAAUACCUGCGCCUCGAAGAUGGCCGCUACGAGAAAAUCCACAGGGACUCGACGGCCUUUGGGUCCGAAACCUACGACGACGUGGAUGCCUUGCCCGGAUCCCCGUUCAGUGGCAUGCCCGAGAUGAGCAUUGCGGAGUCGUUGCGGUCCGAGCUCAUGGAGUGCAUCAAUCCGCUGUUCCAGGACCGGUUCUCCGAGUUCCACCGCAACGACGGCGGUGUUAAACAGAGUGAGGGCGUCGUUGUUGCACGCCUGGCUGUCGUCAGGGACCAAGACGAGAGCCUUAAUUACGUGUAUGACAACGAAAAUAUUAUCGGCAAUAAGGGGCAUCAGAGGUGCGCGAGUCAGAACUACGAGACCAUAGACGAAGAACGGCCCGUGUUCGGGACCGAGCCCAUCAUCGUUCACAGGCCGGACGACGUUGAAUCCGGAGACGACUGCUGCGAUGUGCACGUAGUCACGUCUUACGAACUGACGCCGGCGAUGCGCAAUGAGCCAAAAUUGCCGCCGCGGAGAAAGCUGCCGGAGCCGACGUCGACGACGCCCAUGGACGCCAAGUGUCCCCCGAAGCGAUCCCUCGUCGAUAAGCUGCCGAAGACGCCGCGGGCGUCGCAGGGUGACGAAUGGAUCGACGUCGAGCGGAGUGAAGACGAGGAGGAAGAAGCCAGCCCUUCCGUGGUCCUGACCAGAUUUCGAAUGCGCACGCGGAGUGGACGCAUCAAAGGCUCCGGCAGCAACAAGCGGUCGAGCAGCAAGAAAAACGUGCGUCGAUCUUGGUCCAAAUCGUUACGAGACUUCCAACAAGCAGCAGUCCUGAAGGAACAAUCGAAGCUAAUCAAGCCCCAGAAAACAUUCGGUAAGUAG